AUGCACGCUUGUCUUACCUACCUCCCCACUGGCAGCCCUAUCAGUGGGCAUAAUCCUGACCACCCAAGCAGGCAAGGACGUGCCACUGGUCGUAUUCAGAUGAAAUGCGAGGAGGGUUCAAAUAACAUCCCAAUUCUCUCUAGGACCCCGAGUCGCCAUCCGUCACUGGGCAAGAACCACAAACAUCCGCCUUCAUCUAACAUUCCCUCUGAUUCAUCUGACAUUCCCUCUGAUUCGUCAGAUGACGAAAUCAUCGGUCCUAUAACCCCCCCUCCCAUACUUCGAGAUCUGGCUCGUUAUGUCAAGAGCGUAAAAGCAAGACCCGAGCCCUAUAAGAGAACUAAUCCUAACGUCAUAGAGCGCCUCUGCGGUGAGGAGUGCUUGGGAUGCAAUGGCUCCACGAAUGUGUUGGAUAAUUCAAGCUCAUUCCAGGGCAAAACUAGACUGGCACGUAGAAUGAAGAGCCUGUCUCCCGAGGCCCGUGCUCAAGCCACGAUCGCUAUCGGAGCUAAUGUCGAAUGGAGACGCGCGCGUGCUGUGGCAGCAGCUUUGAAAAUUGACGCAAUUGUGCAACACAAGAAGUUCAUGUGUUUGACUCUUGAAAGUGAAGCUAAAACAUACGUCAAUGCCGCUUCGGAACCGCUCGACACCUCGAUGGAGGCGCUGGUUAAUUGUACGGCCAGUGAACUCGACGAUCGUGAGAGCUGUAGUGUUGCCACGUACAAGCUUGAGUUGGAGUCGUUCACUGCCGCUGACAAAGAGCUCGAUCAUGUUGAGCAUUUGACAUUGCAACUCCUGGAUUCGGAUGCUAGUGCCACAAGUUCGGACGAAGACAACUUUGGCGGCAGUUUUGGCUCUAUGCGUGGAACUUCGACAAAUUCCGCCGAGUCCGAUGACUGA